CUAAAUACAAGAGAUUUUGGUUGCACUUUCACUGCAUACUUUAUUCAAGCAGUCUUAUCUCAUACUAUCAAAGAUAAGCGUAGAGCUGUUUCACUAUAUAAAUCAAAAGUUUUGGCAAUAGUAAUUAUUCCGAAAUAAUUAGUUACAUUAUUGUUCUUCAACUUGAGAAUAUUCGAAGCAUUACAUAAUGAAGGUACUACUUGUUGUCGCUGGCGUCCUAUGCUUGGCAUUAUUGUCUGCUGCUGAGACAUGUGGCUGGGGUUCUUGCCCUGGAGUUGGCAGAUGUUGUUACGGUGAUAGUCAGGUCUACAAGUGCGCUCCAUUCGACAAUGCUGUGUGCUGUCCUGGAGGAGACUACAGUUGUCCUCCAGGAAAAUCUUGCGUCAAAGUCCUUUGGUUUUACAUUUGCGUGAAUGCCAUGGCAGUCACCAGCGACGGAAGUUUCGAUUUUCAAAAGGGACUCUCGGAAGCACUCAUGAAUACUAAGAAGAGUUAUGUUUAAGAAAUACAAAAGAUGUUACUGAAAUGUGUUCGGAAUAUAUAAGACUUUUAUAAAUGUCUAAAAAACGAGAAAGAAUAAAAUAUUUGUUUCCAUCAA